AUGACCACCAUACUCGCGUCUCCGCUGCUGCAGCGAUCAGCACUUCCAGACCUCGAGAACCUCUUCGGAGACGCUACGUUUGAAGCUCAACCGACCACGCAGAGCAAUACUGCGUCUCCACAAUGGAGCGCACCAACGGGAGCAAACGAUAUGCCUAUGACAUACGUACACCAGCCAUCGGCUGCCGAUCCGCAACCGACCGACAUAACCCAUGAUGACGAGAACCUAAGCGCCCUAUACCAAGGUCUACCCAGAGACGCCAAAAUCGGGAUAAUAGUUGGAAUCGUGGUCAUUGUGUCGCUCUCCUUGCUCAGCUGCGGGAUGUGCUUCCUCAACUGCAGAAGACGACAAAGAAAACGGAAGGCGCGCCGCGAGAGUCGCGAAGCAGAAACGGUGAUGCUGGAGAUGGAGAUGCGAAACAGACACGCGGAGCCGCAGCGGCGCGUGCGAAAGGGCCUUUGGGAUCACUUGAAGCCGGCGGGUGGUGAUGGGGCCGUCAAUGCAAUCCAAAUGGCAGAGGCGGAAGCUCGACACGAUGCGAUGGAAAGAAAUCCGCGAGAUGGGAGGAAUGAUAGCAUCGUGGAGACCGCGAGGAGUGAGAGUGAGAGUGUAGCGUCGCGUUCGCUGAUUUUGCCGCGAGACCGGGUCAGCAUUGUGUCGUCAGUACCUAGCGUUAUCUCUUCGACGGGCGCGAGGCCAGCUCUGCCUCGAAGUUUUCUGGAUAGUGGAACGCGGAGAUAA